CGUAGUCGUAUUAACUCUAGAACAGAGGUAAAAAUUUUAAUUGUUAAUUUGCGUAAAAUGGCUGUCAAUAUUAUUAAUGAAUGAAUGCUAGUAAGCGACAACGUUGUCCUUUGCAAGAUAAGCUCAAGUUCAGGUUGGUGACAUGAUUUGAUAAAGUUCUCAAUCUUAAAACGGGUAUAAGAAGUAUUGUUAACAGCAAUUGUGAAAUAAAGCCGGAUUUAACGUUUGCAAUUGUGGAUAUUUUCUGGAAUAAGAACAACUUUGUCCCCUACACUUGGCGUGCACAGGAUAAGAAAUAUUGUGGAAAAUAUUAAAAGCGACAAAACUACAAAGAGACCUUCAACCUACCAUCUCCAAACUAUCACAAACACAGCAGGAAUAUAUGCAAAGCCAUCUCAAAUGUCAGUUUUACGUCAAUUUGUUGGUACCUCGUCAAAUACCUGGGUUCGAGCACUUAUUAUAUUUUGCCUAGCGUGGGCCGUCCUUGUAUAUAUUUUUGUUGCAAAGUUGAAUCCUGCUAACACAGAUGAGUCUGACAGUAUUUCCAAUCGUAUUAACCAGGCUCUGCAACUUUUGGAAGCAUCGCGUCAAAGGAACCAGGAGUUACAGGAGACUAUUGACACCAUUUUAAAAGACAAUGUAGACUAUCAAUCUGCACAGAAGCUGAUACAAAAAUUGGAAUACAACUUGCACAACCAACUAGGAGUGGAAGCAAAAGCCGAAUUUCCCAUCGUAUAUGGCAACCCAUCGAAUGAACCCACAUUAGAAUAUGAGCUACUAAGAAGACGUAUUCAAACUAACAUUGGGGAGCUGUGGAAUUUUUUCAGUAACGAACUGGGAAAAGUUAAGAAAAGUUUUGACCAUGGCCCUAUUGGAAAGAACGAGGACAUCAAUAGUGUACUAAUUUUGGGAGCGGAGCACAAACGGUCGCUUUUGAGUGACAUGGAGCGCCUACGCCAGCUAGACGGAUAUGAAGCCUGGCGCCAAAAAGAGGCGGUUGAACUUAGUAAUUUGGUGCAAAGGCGCAUCCAUUUCUUACAAAAUCCAACUGAAUGCUCUCGAGCUAAAAAAUUGUUGUGUAAAUUGAAUAAAGGUUGCGGGUAUGGCUGCCAGCUGCACCAUGCUGUUUACUGCUUCAUAGUGGCAUAUGCCACAGAAAGAACAUUGAUAUUAAAGUCGAAAGGCUGGCGCUAUCACAAAGGUGGUUGGGAAGAAGUAUUUCAACCCGUAUCAGACACAUGCGUAGACAUCGGAGGGGCUCGCGCUAACAACUGGCCCGGCAGACGCGAAUCUCAAGUUGUGGUGUUGCCAAUAAUAGAUUCAUUAAUGCCACGACCCCCAUAUUUACCGCUAUCUAUACCGGAAGACUUAGCGCCAAGGUUAAAACGUCUCCACAGUGAACCUAUUGUUUGGUGGGUUGGCCAAUUUUUGAAGUAUUUACUAAGACCGCAAAAGGGCACUAAAGCGUUUUUGGAAACGAGUAUGGCAAAGCUAGGCUGGAAGAAGCCGAUUGUGGGGGUCCACGUACGCCGCACAGACAAGGUAGGCACGGAGGCAGCUUUUCACAGCAUUGACGAGUACAUGACUCAUGUCGAGGAUUACUAUUUAACACAAGAGAUCAAUGGAACUUCUAUGGCGAGGCGUAUUUUCUUAGCAUCGGAUGAUGCGCGUGUUAUAGACGAAGCAAGAAAAAAAUAUCCCCAAUAUGAAAUAAUUGGAGAUGCCGAGGUGGCGCGAAUGGCUGCUGUCUCCACAAGAUAUACGGACACGGGACUAAAUGGCAUAAUUUUGGAUAUACAUUUAUUAUCCAUAUCCGAUUAUUUGGUAUGUACUUUUAGCUCACAAGUUUGCCGCGUAGCAUACGAGAUUAUGCAAACUUUACAUCCUGAUGCUGGCCAUCGUUUCAAAUCGCUGGACGAUAUAUACUACUAUGGCGGCCAAAAUCAGCAUAAUCGACAAGUGGUAAUACCACAUAAACCUAAGAGCCACGAGGAACUCCACCUGAAAGCAGGGGAUUUGGUGGGGGUCGCCGGUAACCAUUGGGAUGGGUUUACCAAAGGCAAAAACACGCGCACGAACCAAGUGGGACUCUUUCCGUCAUUUAAAGUCGUGGAUAAAGUAGAAACAGCCAAGUUGCCAACUUAUCCUAACGUGUAGAUACAAAACAACACAAAAAAACAAAAGAAAGGUAAAAAUCAGGGUUUCGUUUAAAUUAUUCUUUUGUAUGAAAAAUUGCACAUUGUUAGUUUGUAUUGUCGUAUUUUCUUUUGGUCUCUCUAAUAUUUAUCAUUUCAAAUAAGCACAAAAAGUAUUCAUAUAAGGAACCAAGGACAAAUUUAGCUGCAGAAAUAGUGCAUUCUUAAUUACCGAGGCUUUUUACCAAGUACUCGUAUACGUGUUUCCAUGCGUGUUGCUGGGUUAGUUAAUCUUUAUUCCAAUCAAUUUAGAAGCUUUUACUCCAACGUAUUUUCGAAGUUUUUUGACGUGAGUCACAUUGCGUAAAUUUCUUUGUCGCCCAUCUGUCCAAUCGCUCAUGGAAUGGCGAAGUGACAUCUCUUAGUUAAAUCACCUGACACCAAUACUAUUUGUACCCUCUCAAAACAUCGCCAGAGUUAUGGAGUAUUAUCAAAACAGAAAAAAAAUAAAUAUUUUAACAAAAUGAACGCACACACAAACAGCCGAAAAGUGUACACAAUUUUUUUGUUUGUUUAAAAAUACGAACGAUUCGACGCCAUUCCUAGAGUACUGUGUACGUUGCAUGUAGUUGAUUUAAAUUAAUUAACUCAGACUUCAAUGCAUGAGCAUACAUACAUAUGUAUGGUUAAUUUUCAGCGCAAAUACUACUAAAUUUUAUUUCUUUUUACAAAAAUUGACCACAAAUGUUUAAAAACGAACAACAUGUUUUGGUUCACCAUUUAUUGCGCCAAUCGCAAUACUUGAUAAAACCCAGCAGUAAUCCAAACAAACAGACAGACUAUUUUAAGAUGUAAUAAUAAUAAUAAUAAAUGGAAUCUCAAAUGAUAGCAAUUAACAUCCUCGAAUUUUAAGCAGCAAUAUGAAAAAUUCAUAAGUUUGUAUGUAUUUAGUUUUAAGAACAGUAUUUUAAUAUUAUUUAUUUAAUUGUAAGUAGCUACAAAUAAAACAAUUGCAUAAAUGAAGCGGAUGGUGUAAAUUAAGUGCAUACAUAUGAAUGCAAGUUUUUACAAAA